CCUAACCGGCUAGUUCUGAGGGAUGUCUGUGGAGCGCGUCUUGGACCUGGACAAUCAGACAAAUGGACCUCUAGCCAGUCAACAGGCUUCCAGAGACCAACUCAGACCCCAGAACAUCAUCCACCAUCCAGAACACCUCACAUCCAAUUAAGCCCUGUGACAUCAUCAUCAACACACAAAGCUGAACAAAGACUCCCAGCAGCCUCUCCUCCCUGCUUCAAAAAUGGAUGGCGCCCUAAGAGGGCAUCAGACACACUGUGCCGGGACAAGAAUCAAGAGACUGGGUGUGUGUCGCCACUGCUCAAGACGCGCCGUGCAGAGUUCAGUGGAGAUUCCCAAAUGUCUGUGAGAUGCAGCCCAGUGGAGUCGGAGCAGGAUUCUGCAUCAGAACCAUCUCCAGAAAGAGAGGUGGACAGUUCCUCAAAGACGGACGACAGGCUCUCUGUCUCCCCGGGAGACUCAACAUGGAGGAGACAUGACUCUGGGAUGAAUGGAUCUCCUCCACAAAACACAGAGAAGGAGGGGAAGGGAAGUUCAGGAUCACUGCAGAACCAGAUCAAGAGGACUAGUGGUUCAUCAGGGACGGGCCCCAGGGGAAGUGUCCCUGUCCCAGCAGGCCACCGAAGCCAGAGCCCAGAUAGUGACGACUCUCCCGACCGCCCCUUGAUGUCAGGGGCCAGAGGUGCAUCCACAGGGUCCCCGAGACACCCACUCUCCGCUGUGGCUUCAGUGACCCAGGCCACACAGGAGAAGCGGUUUACCUUUAGCAGGCCUCCCCUCUGGGCUAACCUCACAGACAGAGAGAGGAGGCCUCCCCUCUGGGCUAACCUCACAGACAGAGAGAGGAGGCCUCCCCUCCGGGCUAACCUCACAGACAGAGAGAGGAGGCCUCCAACCAAGUGUCUCUCCCUCCAUCUCAGGCUGAGGCAGCCCAAGUCCACUUCCACAGAACCUAUUGUGCUUUCCAGUGAGGAUGAGGAGGACAUGGAUGAUGAAGAAGAGUGCCCCAAGCUGAAGACCCCACAACAGAGCCCCAGGCAAGGCCAACCCACCCCAGAAGAACAUGUACCCAAACAGGCUGGAGAGAAGGUCACAGGGUCACAGAGCAUAUCGGAGCACCAACCUGGCAGCACACAGCCACUGCCUCCUAUCAUGGAACUGUCCUUCUCUACACUGCACGCUGGGGUGGUCCGAGCGCAGGCCAAUGGAAACCUGGUGGUAAGACCCUUUGGCUAGUGGUGUGUGUGUGUAGGUCACUCUAUCUUUGUGUACACAUAGGCGCGUGCUUGUGCUCCACAUUCAAAAUUAGCUGAGCAUAAUACCUGUGCGUUCCAAAUUUGUGUCUCAGUUGAAGCCUUU